AUGGGGAAGCAUCCUCAACAGCAGCCAGCAACGAUGAGUAGCGGUGGGCGGGUCACAAGAGGCGCAGCUCGCGCUCAAGCAGCGGCUAAUAUGGUCUCUCCUCCGCUCUCGACAACUCCUCCUAGUGUGCCUGCCAAAAAGACAAUCUUCUAUCAGGAGCAUGUGCAAGCUCGUCCAAGAUCCGAGAAUGUGGGGUCUGAGCCUGUGGACGCACGCGCACUUGAGAAGGCAUUGCGAGGCAUGGAAGAGGCAGGACGUCAGCGCGAGAGCACGCCAGGCAUGAGCCCGUGUCGAAAGCGGCAACGAGUUUAUGGUGACCGCUUCAUUCCCAAUCGUGAUGGGCAAGACUUGCAAGCCACCUAUAACCUGCUGCACGAGGAUGGAUGUCCCGCAACCCCUUCAAAGUCGAAGCGCCGGGCUCCCCACUCUGAACUGCACUUCCAAAAGAUCGAAGAGGCAAACAGAACAUUCUCAAAAGUGCUACGCAGUGAACUGUUUGGCAACACUGUUCCUCAACCUGGCCUCGACACCCUCUCAUCAGACCCUUUGCUCGGCUUCAGCAAGGGAAUCGUUGAUAAGACGCGAUCCCACACCCCUCCCUCCCACCUUGGUGCCAACCUCCCCCCAGCCAGCAUCACUCCGUCCACCCCGCACAAAAACAUCUUGAAUUAUGGCCCGACCAGACCUGGGUCGGGCCACCCAACCCCAUCCAAGACUCCUCGAAGCGCGCACACGGUCAAUCUGAACCCCCGCUCUGAACUCUACAGUACCUCCCCCAUUCGCUACGAAAGCCAACGGAUUCUUGAAACGCCCCGAAAACAACCCCGCUUCAUCAACAAGGUCCCUUUCAAAGUUCUCGACGCCCCGGAUCUCCAAGAUGACUUUUAUCUAAAUUUGGUCGACUGGGGGAGCUCGAAUGUGCUGGGAGUUGGCCUGGCCAAUUCUGUCUAUAUGUGGAAUUCACAGUCAAGCCAAGUCACAAAGCUUUGCGAACUGAAAGAUGACACCAUCACUAGUGUGAGCUGGAUUCAAAGAGGCACACACCUUGCAGUUGGGACCGGAAAGGGUCUCGUGCAAAUUUGGGACGCAGAGCAUUGUCGGCGACUUCGGACGAUGGUUGGCCAUACCAACCGUGUCGGUGCCUUGGCGUGGAAUGAUCACAUCUUAACCUCUGGUUCUCGUGACCGCUUGAUCUACCACCGUGACGUUCGCUCACCUGACCAAUAUCUCCGGCGGCUAUCCGGCCACAAGCAGGAAAUCUGCGGAUUGAAGUGGAAUACCGAGGAUGGCCAGCUCGCGUCGGGAGGCAAUGACAACAAGCUCAUGGUUUGGGACAAGCUUAACGAAACACCCCUCUAUCGCUUCAACGAUCACUGUGCGGCUGUCAAGGCCAUUGCCUGGUCACCGCAUCAACACCAUCUCCUCGCCUCGGGGGGCGGCACGGCCGAUCGCACAAUAAAAUUCUGGAACACAUCGACUGGCGCGUUGAUCAAGGAAGUUGAUACAGGCAGCCAAGUCUGUAAUUUAUCCUGGUCCAAAAACUCCGACGAGAUUAUCAGCACUCAUGGCUACAGCCAAAAUCAGAUCGUCAUUUGGAAAUACCCGCGGAUGGAACAAGUCGUCUCUUUGACGGGCCAUACAUUCCGUGUGUUGUACCUCGCCAUGAGCCCUGACGGCCAAACUGUCGUUACGGGUGCCGGUGAUGAAACCCUUCGUUUCUGGAAGAUCCAUGACAAGCGAGCUAAUCGAGAGUCGCGCCGCGAAGGAAGCAAGCUUUCGGAAUGGGGAGUUAUCCGGUGA